AUGGCAAACACCAAAUUUGGAAGAAGCCCAUCCAGCGGAGACGAGAUUUCUCCACAUCGGAGGUCGAGUUCCCGUCUAAGGAAUAUCAAAUCACACAAGCACCCAACACUUGUACAAAAGAAACUGCAGUUCCACAAGAAAGGGCCGAGAUCCGAAAAAAAUAUGAAGUCACCGGAUUCCGAUUUUGAGGAUGAAAUUGAAGCCGAAGUAAGUGACAGUGAAGAAUGUUCCGUCGAUGAAGAAGAAGACGAGAAAAUAAUUAAAGAUAAAUCCAACAAACGCAAAAUCCAUAGUCGGCCUCGACAUAAACAGAGUGUCGAUCCCAGAAAUUCCGUUGAAGAAUUGAACAUAAGUGAAAGUGUGAAGUCAAAGAGCAACGAGAUUUGGUUUGACUUCGGAGGUAAAUUACUUCGGUUUGGGAUAGACGAGUUUGCCCUCAUAACUGGUUUGAAGUGUAUCGGGUCUACUCAAAAACUGAACAUCCCAAAAGUCAAACAAGGCCUCUACGACAAGUAUUUUGCUGAGGAUUCGCAUCGUGUGGAAAGAUGCUACCUUGACGUCAUUGAUGGCUCAGAUUUUGAUGAAUACCCUUGGGGAGUUGAUGUUUUCGAGUUUACAUUCCAAUAUCUGAAGAAGUCUAUUCGAAACAGGCAACAGAUGCAUAAUAACGUUAAGGCAGAUGGUUCAAGUUACCUCUACCGAUGUUAUGGACUUAUAAUCGCCCUUCAGAUAUGGUUCUAUGAAAUUUGCAAAACCGCAGAUGGCAUAGUAUGCAAAUCACUCGAAGGUCAACCAAUACCUAGAUUGCUUAAGUGGGAAGUACAGGACAACUUCAACCGCCUUUUUAUGGAGAGGGCGUUCUCAAAUUUGGAUUCAAGCAAGUUUAAAAAUGUUUCACCUACCCCGGCGGAGAAGCAAGCUUUGUUGUUGGAACCAUUUUUCAGCAACAAAAAUGAAUUCACUAGGAAUGAGCUCCAAUUUGAUGCUAAAUCACAAAACUCCAAUGACUCAGAAGUAAUCAAUCGUCUGAAUACAAUUUCAAGGGAUCUUGAUAACUUGAAGCAACUGUUCUUUGACUUUCCGAAGCGGGUUAUUGCUGAACUUGAACUGUUUAAGGAGACAUUCAUUGGUCGCACAAAUCAAGACAAUGCUGAUUCAUUUGAUAAGGCAGAUCAUAACAUUGAUGAGGACGUGCACAACUCACCGGUCGGUAUCGAGGCUAUUGCAAUGAAGGAGAAACAAGAUUCUAUCAUGCAGCAUGGAUCAGACAAAACACCUAAGGUUGGUAUUGAGGCCAGUGCAGAUGCAAUGAAGCACAAACCAGAGUCUGUCACACAUCAUGGAUCAGAUAAGCACAUGGAUGUGUUGUUUUACUAUUUGCGCAAGAUCGGGAUGUACGGGACAAAUGCUCCACUGAGAUUCACAACGACUGAUACCCUGUUUGACCAGCACAUUAGGGCACUGUAUAGUACCUUUCUAUAA